AUGACCUUACAGAUCUUCCUUUUCUUAAAGGUCUUAAAGUAUUGCCUACAUAGUGCAAAGGCCUUAAGCUUCAAAUUGAUGAAGUUAACACGACAAAUAGUUUUGGAUAUGAAGGCAAUGGUCAUAAAGCUGACCUUGAGUUUUUCAAAGAUCGCAAAUAAAAUGUUGAUUGAGCAUUCUAGUACACGCCAAGAUGGGACAUGGUUCUUUUCCAAUAAUCAAUAUGCUGGCUCUAUUGGAAUUAAACUAUAUUCAGAUUUUUUGAAAGAAAGCACACACAUAGAAAAUGAGACAUUUACCAACUUUCAGUCAAGUUUUCUAAAAAAGGAUGGCACAUUAAAUCCAUCACUGCAAAAGAUUCGAAAAAAUUUUGAACCCAGCUGUAUUCCCAGUGAUCUUAAGAACAUACUUCGCAUUCAUCUUGAGUUUCCUGGAGUUAAGGGUUUUAAACCAGAAACUAGUGUAAAAAGAGAUUUAAAGUAUCCUGGUGUUGAAGACGUGAUAGUUUACAUUGACUGCUCAAAUAUGGAUGAAUUUUUUUAUGAAAACAUUCAUGAAAACCAGAAAGUUGUUCAUAUUUUAAAAAAUAUUAUCAGAUAUAUGACAGCUAAAUCAGGAGAAGUGACUUGCAACUGCCAGAUUCUGAAGUGUGAAGAUACACAUUGCUCAUGUUUCAAAAAAAACAAGAAAUGUGAUUCAUUAUGUGAAUACUGCAAACAAGAGAGUUGCAAUAAUUUAAUUUAG